GAGGCCACCAACUUCCCCGUUUAACAUGAGGAUAUUGCAAGCAGGAACUCUCUGUCUCCUGCAUCAACAGUGGCCGGUAUUCCUUUGCUGCUUAGAACAGUUUUCAAGCCCCCGGAUUCUGGCUUUUGUCCCAAAAGGGCUUCAGCUUAAAGAUGUUCCUGGGCUGGGGAUUCGGGUUGGUCCUGUUCCUGGUGAGUUCAUCGCUUGAAGCUGAGACCUCACGGCACUGCUAUGGAAUACCAGGCCUGCCCGGUGUGCCAGGCGUUUCGGGAAAAGAUGGCAGAGAUGGGCAGAAAGGAGCCAAGGGAGAGCCAGGCAAACCAGCUGUUUAUGGAGGCCGAGGUCCCCAGGGAGAGCCAGGAGAACCCGGUCUUCCAGGCAUUCCUGGGAAAAAUGGGCCCAGAGGUUCCCAGGGUGAGCCAGGGGAUCCUGGCCAGAAGGGGAUAGUAGGUGAACCGGGAGAAACCGGCAACUACAAGCGGAACCAUCAGGCGGCCUUCACCGUGAUGCGCCAAACAAACCAGUACCCUGAGAAGAACACGCCCGUGAUCUUCAAUAAAGCCAUCACCAACAUCAACAACGACUACGACAUCAGCACCGGGAAGUUUACGUGCCGUAUCCCCGGCCUCUACUACUUCACCUACUAUGCCUCCCACACGGCCAACCUGUGCGUGAGCAUGUACCUGAACCGGGAGAAGGUGGCCAGCUUUUGCGACCACAUAUCCAACACCAAGCAAGUCACCUCCGGGGGGGUCCUCAUGCAGAUGACGCAGGGACACCAGGUGUGGCUGGCAGUCAACGACUACAACGGCAUGGUGGGCAUUGCGGGAUCCGACAGCCUUUUCUCCGGCUUCUUGCUGUUCCCAGACUAAGUGCUUGGCGAACAACUGGGCAACCCCCCUUUCCAUACAUCCAAGCUACUUUCAUAGCGACCUUCCGCCCCCGUUUCCCGAAAAGGUUUCUAGCUGUAGUAAAUGUUAUCAAUAAAAGUGUUUUUUUGCUUUAAAA